AUGGCACCGGCCAAAAACAUUAACAGCGCUGAUACGGGGGCGGAUUCUGAGAAUCGCUUCCUGGCUCAGUGUCUGAAAUGUCUCGAUCCAGAAGAGAAAAAGAUUGACAUGGCUGCUGUGGCCGCCGCAUUAGAAUACACAAACUCGAAGUCUGCUGGAAACCGGUAUGGCCAGCUGAGGAAGAAGUAUUCCAUCAAGGUUGACACUUUCUACCCCCGUGGAGAGGCAAUUUCAAAGGUGACCAAGCCGCCCCGAAAGCGUGGGCGAAAGCCUAAGAAGCAGAACAAUGAGGCCAACGAGGAACCUCCUGUCGAAAAGAAUCAUUCUGAGAAAGAGGCCAAGAGUUACGAUGCUCCCCCUGCUUAUGAGGAAAAUGAGGAAGCCUAA